AAAAAACGCUCGAGACAGCGCCAUCACCUCGCCCCAGGCUCAUCACAGCCAUGUAUCUGAACAGGGAGGAGGACAGUAGCAAAGGCUCAGUGACCCUCAGUGUGUUCCUGGUCUCUCUAGCGGUUACGGUGUGCGCUGUUUGGCUGGUGGCUCUUUGUGGCGUCUGUGGCUGGUGUCAGCGCAAGAUGGGGAAGAGGAAUAAACCUGGAGUGGAGACCGCCGACACUCCAGACUCGGCCCGUGGGCGCGGGGAGAAGAAAGCCAUCAACGACCUAGACAGAGACUUUUGGAAUAACAAUGACAGCAGCACAGAGCAGCAGAGGUGGAGCUCCUAUCCGCCCAAGGAGUUCGUACUAAACAUUUCUCCCUAUGCCCCAUACGGAGACCCUCGCCUCACGCUCAAAUUGCCUUUAGGCAACAAGCCAGUGAACAGCCCCAAGGGCCACCCCCCUGAUGCUGACGGGCGUUCCUCUGUCACAGACCUGGCCAACUCUCUUACUGGAGACAUGGUGAUGCUGUCCCCGGGGUCCGAGGAGGACGACGGCGAGGGGCCCGUCAGCGAGAAGCUGGGCCGCAUCCAGUUCAGCAUUGGCUACAGCUUCCAGGACUCCACCCUGACCGUCAAGAUCCUGAAGGGCCAGGACCUCCCCGCCAAGGACUUCUCGGGCACGUCGGACCCCUUCGUCAAGCUCUACCUCCUGCCCGACAAGAAGCACAAGCUGGAGACCAAGGUCAAGAGGAAGAACCUCAACCCCCACUGGAACGAGACAUUCCUGUUCGAGGGGUUCCCGUACGAGAAGGUCCGGGAACGCACCCUGUACCUACAAGUGCUGGACUACGACCGCUUCAGCAGGAACGACCCCAUUGGGGAGGUGUCCAUCCCCCUCAACAAGGUGGAGCUGGGCCAGAUCAAGACCUUCUGGAAGGAGCUGAAGCCCUGCAUGGAUGGAGCGGGAAGGCGAGGUGACCUGCUGGUGUCUCUGUGCUAUAAUCCCACUGCUAACACCAUCACUGUGAACAUCAUCAAAGCACGCAAUCUAAAAGCCAUGGAUAUCGGAGGCACCUCAGACCCCUACGUGAAGCUGUGGCUCAUGCACAAGGACAAGCGCGUGGAGAAGAAGAAGACGGUGACCAUGAAGUGCUGCCUCAACCCCGUCUUCAACGAGUCCUUCCCCUUCGACGUGCCCGCCCACGUGCUGCGGGAGACCACCAUCAUCAUCACCGUCAUGGACAAGGACCGGCUCAGUCGGAAUGACGUGAUUGGCAAGAUCUACCUGUCUUGGAAGAGCGGGCCCGCCGAGGUCAAGCACUGGAAGGAUAUGAUGGGCCGACCGCGCACCAACGUCGCCCAAUGGCACGCCCUCAAGGCCUGAUCGGCCCCGCCCAGAUUCCACUACCCCCUCCCCCUG